AGCCGCCGGUACGUUGCACUUUCAUUUGAAGCAGGACGGUAUAUAAUUAGACGUCGGGGAGAGAAAACGAGAGAAGAGCGAGGAAGCGCCGAGGCGCGCCCGAAUGAAGUUCGGCUAACGAGGGGAAUCUUAAAAACGGUACGCGAGGCGACAUCCUUUCGGAUAACGAGGAACUGCGUCACCGAAUCAGAUCGUCCAGACGUACUAACCUAACCUAGAUGAUGAUCAAAACAUCGCUGUGUUUAUACCUGACGAUAUAGCGGUUCGAAAUGACGGAGACUCCCGGCACGAGUUCGGCCACUAAUAUCUGCGAAUUAUGCAGCAAGCGCAAACGCUUGUACACCUGUCCGCGAUGCGGCACAGGCUACUGCGGGGCCGAGUGCUACAAGUCGGACGCGCACACCGACUGCUCCGAGAGCUUUUACAGGCAGUGCGUCGAGGACGAGUUGAAGUCUCAGGAGAACGAUCCGGUCGCCAGGCAAAAAAUGAUGGAAAUCCUCAAGAGAGUGCACGAGGCGGACAUGGGAGACGGCGUCUUGGAGGAUAAUUCGGACGAGAAGAGCAGCGACGAGGACUAUCCGCUGGAUUCAGACGACGAGCAGGAGCUUCUCGACUUGGAAACCAGAUUGCAGAAUGUCAACUUCGAAGAUCCGAACGAGCUCUGGUCAGCCUUGUCCGAGGCGGAGAAGCAGGAAUUUGAGGCGCUGAUAAAAAACGGGGAGGCGGAAAAGUUGCUGCCCAAGUGGGUGCCAUGGUGGACCUGCCGUGUGGAGAAGAAAUUAAUCCAGCCCGUCGAGAAGGAUAUUAUGGAUGCUUAUAGAGACUCAAAAUAUCCUGCUCUGAUAGACGUACCAUUAUUCAACGAGCUGCAGAGAGCGUCCCCCUGCGUGCUCUUUAAUGUGACGAACGUGAUAUACGCUUAUGCGUACGUCGCUCUUUAUUACGUCGGAGAUUAUUUGAACUGUGCCGAGGAAGCUGCCAAUGUUUUUCUGGUCAUCUGUGGAAACAUGAGAAACAAUGAGGUCUUCAAAGAUUCGGAUUCGGCAGUCGAGUCUGUUAUAGAAAACGUAAAAAGCGUUGACUGGCUGCCACGAGAUGAACAAACUGUAGCUGCGCUGAGAGAAGCUGGCGCUUCCAUUUUGCAAGGACCAGGCGCUGAGAUGAGGACCGUUUAUACGUCCGCGGCGCUCUCCGAGCUCCAUCGGUUACUGACAGCGGCGAAGAAGGAAGUUUCAACCUGUAAGAGCGGCAAUCAGGAAUUUACGAAGAGAUUUUCGCAGAAAUGUAGCAACGACCCAAAUCUGUCGAAGAAGAGUAUACUUCUGUGCCUGAAGAAGCUAGAGUAUUAUUUAUCGUGGGUGAGAAGCACUGGGGCAGAAAGUUUGUAAACGUUAAGGAUUCUAUUAUUUAUUAAAACUGUAUGCUGUUAUCAUUUUUUUAUUAUAGCAAAACAAUAUUUUUCAAUAAAUCUGAAAUUUUUAUUUGGAUAAAUAUUUAUUAAUAGAUAAAUUGGAUGGAUAAUUUUUGGAUUUUCUCUUUAUUGUCUAAAAUAAACGAUGUGGCCUUUGUAAAGGUCUAUUCAUAUUGACGUGCACAGCCACAUAAAGCGUAUGCGCAACAAAAUCAUCAACAAUAGAUGUAAAAUAAAAAAUAUUUUAGCUCUA